AUGGCAUCGCGAGUCAUUCUCUCACAACCGCGCGCGGCGGGGGCGAAGCACGCGCCGCUCUCCGACAACCUCAUCGCGCAUCUCCUCAGGCCGCUGAAAAACCCGCCCGCCACACCAUCCCCUGCAGCCACCAACGUCGCAUCUGCCGCUUCAAAAUUUACGUCCGCCGCUGAUCCCUCCAGCUUUUCCUCCCCGCAAGCACCGACCCCAACUCCCCCCGCGCUCCCCGCAACCUCCAGUGACCUCGAUCGCCCAUACCGCAGCCAGUUCAGUCGCAGGCCCGCAUCAUCCGCUAUCUCACCGGCCGUCGUUCCUCUGCUCCUGAACCUCCAACCUGCUCCGCAGCCCACCUUCGUGGGCUCAAUUCUCGACACGUGCGUGGCUCCUCCCGUCGAUGACGCUCUCCCGGCGGAAGCUACCGAUUCCGCCCCGCUUGUCCUCCCGCUCCCCGUGCUGUCAGCAGCCGCUGCUAGCCCCUCUGCUGGUCCUUACCGCCGCCGCCCCGUCUCCGCCGUGGAUUCUCCCGCUGCUACUAAGGCGGGGAGCGUGGCCGCGGCAGCACCGAGGGGCGUUCAGGCGAUCGUAGACGACAUUCUCAGCGGCCGCUUCAAGGACUCGCACCGGGAAUCAUGGCGCGCUGCCAAUGCUACCAAUGCUUCCGCUACCGCGCCCCGUUCCGCCGUUGAACCCGCCGCCGCGCCACCCGCCGCGACUGUUGCCGCUGUUACGGCAGCCCUUCGCGCACCCCCCUCUCCGAAACCGAACCCCGCCCCCUCUCCCACCGCGAAGUCCGCAUCCGCAGCGGCUGAGGCCGCCGACUUCCCCCCAUUGCCCAGCGGCGUCAUCCUCCCCGACGUAUUCCCCCUCAUGCCCUCCCCAAUCGCCUCUCCGAAAGCCGCGCCAUACCUUUCCGCCCUCACUGAUUGCGCGCACCCUCCGUCCGCCACCUCCUCCGCUCCCGCAGUCGCCGGUUUCACUAGCGCGUCAAAACAAGUGGCGUUCACCAUCGGUUCCCCCUUAGACGAGUUCUUCUCCCCCGAUGCCUCCCCGCCCGCCCAGCUCUCCGCUGUCUCUUACGCCUUGGAUCAGGGCGAUUCCCUCCCGAUGUUGUCUGCCACGUCAGCUUCUGCUGCCGCGGGUGCUGCGGCGGUGUACCACCAUCCGCAUUUCCUGGAGUCGCAGGACAACAGCAAGAGUCCAUCUGCGCGUCGCAGCAGCAAGGGCGGCAAGCAGGCCAAGGCUGGUGAGGCCAAGCCUGCUGCUCGCUCUGCUGACCGCAACGGGGGCAAGCGCAGCAAGGCAGGAGGUUCGGCUGAGGCUGAUGAUUGGGUGCGGCAGAAGCUGGAGCAGCCGCAGGCCUCCGUGGGCAAUGGCCGUGGCUUGGAUGCGAAGAGGGCUGGUGGGAAAACUGCCACAACAGUUGCUAUUGGUGCUCCUGGGGGCGUGGUUCGCACUCUGGAGCUUUAUCUGCCUUAUUCGACCGCAGCCACUAAUCCAACCACUAAUGGCCCUGUGAUAGGUGCUGUGGCACCUGCUGGGCCUCGUGUGCCCGACGGCACCCGUGGGUUCACUUUUGGCCGCGGGAAGAGUCUCGUCCGCUGA